UUUACAGCAGCACAUCUCGAGCCGGUCACAAGCCUUCAUAUCGCUGUGCACUCGUACCAGCGCUCGAGCCUCACCGACACAGCGCGCGCUCGGGAUUUGUUUUUUUUUUCCUUCUUCUUCCCGGAUUUAAACGUGCUUUUCUUGCUUUCAUUUUUCUCAGAUUAUUUCAAACUGAAAACGGUUUGUUUCUGCCGGUUGGGACAGGCUCGGCGACACCGGGGCACAGAGCGGGGAUAAGAGCGAGGCUUCAUUUUAUUAUAACACAGGACACUGGACAUUAUUCCGGCACGAGAGCACGCUACUUUGGAUUACUUUGACACACAGUUUGUGACUGGAAUACACCACAGAUAUCUCUAAAAGAGUGUAUCUCCUGGUUUUCAGCAUGUCGCUUUUCUGUAGUAGAUAAUUCAACCCUCACUUGCGCUGAGCGAAUGCACGCACUUCUGCGCUUUGUGCAGACUGUAGCUGCAGGAAAAGAGUAACCUGCCACUGAAUAUCAGAAUAAAAAUAUUUAAGAAGCAUCAACUGCAUUUAGAAACUGUCACCCCAACUUAUUUAUCAUUGUCUUGGACAGAUCCCUGCGCCCUGUUAAACUCAGAUAAACCCGUGCAGCCAAGAUCAGGAACAGGAUGCAUCGCAGCUGAAGCCACGAGCCCGGGACUUUGGUUUUGAAAUCAGAUCGGACUGACCUCCACCCCCUACCCCCCACGCUCCUGGACCUGGGCAGGAGCCGAAUCAGGAUGACUCCUGACGGCGUGAUGUUGAUCCUGCUCCCGGUGCUGUGUCUGCUCUCCGGAGCCUCCUGGGCAGCGACCCUGGGUGGACUGGAAGGAGAAAACAACCGGCAAGGCACCAUUCUGGAUCCAAAGACAUUUGGGGGCGUGACCAACUUCAGCACCUUCCUACUGGACCGUUCAUCAGGAAUGCUGUUCCUGGGUGCCAGGGACGCCAUAUUGUCUGUGGACACCAAUCAACUGGACAAACCACCACGAAAUAUCACCUGGGAUGUGCCAGAGGAAAAGAGAAAGUCUUGUGUGGCAAAGGGAAAGACGGAGGUCGACUGCCACAACUACAUCCGUCUGCUGGAGUUUCUGGAAGAGGGACGCAUCUACGUGUGUGGCACCUACGCCUUCGACCCCCAGUGUGCCUUCCUGGAUCUCUCCUCCUUCACCCUGGAGAAAGCCGAAGAUGGAGGAGUGAAGAUGGAGACAGGGAAGGGCAAGUGUCCCUUUGAGCCAAGCCAGCAUUACACAGCUGUUAUGGCAGGUGGUACCCUCUACACAGCAGCCACCAGUAACUUCCUGGGAACGCUGUUCGACAUCUCCCGGGCAACAGGCCCCGAGCAGGACCGCAUCCGAACCGAGCGAUCCAUCAACUGGCUCAGUGACCCAGAGUUUGUGAGCUCAGCCUUCAUAGAGCAGUCUCCUGACAGCAACCCGACGGGAGAUGACGACAAAAUCUACUUCUUCUUCACUGAGGUGGCCAAAGAGUACGACCUCUACACCAAAGUCAAGGUCCCCAGGGUAGCACGAGUCUGCAAGUCUGACGUGGGAGGGAUGAAGACUCUGCAGAGACGUUGGACCACCUUCCUCAAGGCCCAGCUGGUGUGUGAGGACAAACCCAGCGGUCAGCGCUACAACAUCCUGACUGACGUCUUCACCAUGCAACACACGCAAGGCGACCCCAGCAGCACAUACUUCUAUGGACUCUUCACCUCCCAGUGGGAACACGAUGAGUUGUCAGCAGUGUGUGUUUUCAGUUUGUCUGACAUCAGCAAAGUGAUGGACGGUCCCUUUAAAGAGCUGAGGAAGACCUGUGAGAACUGGAUCAACCCUGAGCCUGUCCCCACACCAAGGCCUGGCCAGUGUUUGAACAAUGCAUUAAAGGGUGAAGGGUUUGAGUCGUCCCUCAAACUCCCGGACAAAGUGCUGACGUUUGUGAGGGACCACCCUCUGAUGGAGAACACUGUUGCUGCAGCUCCCCUGCUGGUCCGCAAGGGAAUCAAAUACACCAAGCUAGCUGUAACCCAGACAGGCAGCGGAGAGGAGCUGAGGGCAGUACUGCACCUUGGAACAGACCGUGGGGAGCUCCACCAGGUGGAAGUAGUGGGCCAGAAUUCCACCUUACUGCAGGAGAUUCCUCUGUUCACCUCUCUAGAGCCCAUUAAUAACAUACUACUACACAAGGGCCAGGCUCUGGUGGGCAGCCCUCUGUCUCUGGCUCUUGUCCAGGCUGAAGGCUGCGCUCUCUAUCCCAACUGUGAGGUCUGUGCCAGAGCCAGAGGACUGGGCUGUGUGUGGAACAAAGACGAAGAAGCCUGCAGGAGCACAACAAUGAAGCCUGGUCCAGGUGAUACAGCAGAUGAUGCUUUAAGGAAGUGUGAUAUAAAGGAGGGGCGUUGCUCCCCAUCCAUCAGGGAGCUGCAGGUUUCCAUGGGUCUGCGCCUCCUGUUGCCAUGUGUCCAGCUGUCUCCCAGGCCGUGUAGCUGGGAAUAUCCUCCCCACAGACACACCAGGCAGCACCACUCUGACCUGGAGGUGACUGUCAGCGAGGAAAGCCUGGGAAAAUACAUCUGCACCUGCCAGGAGGUGGGACCAGGUAUCAGAGACCCCACCACCUGCCAAAGAGCAGCCUAUCACCUGACAUUAGAAGGCCCCAGUGCUAGAGGAACCGUGGCUACAGCUGGAGGUCGCCACGUCCUGGCUGUUUACAUCCUCUUCUUCUGUGGGGGUAUAGCAUUCGGUGCAUUUCUCCUGUACUUUGUGACUCGGCGGCGCAGCAUAAGCUGCCAGGGCCACCACCUGCCUGAUAAUUCGCUGUCGUCAGAGAAGGGGCGGGACUUACUGGGCUCCUCAGCCACCCCCCAGUCCCCUAGCAGUGCCAGCUUGCUGUCCGAGGGAUUCCGGCUGACGGAAAAACGAAACGGAACAGCGACCACAACCACAACGACCACCCUCCUCAGCAACCAGGGUAACGGUGGUCACCAUGGUAACAGUUACAGCGGCACCCUUAUUCACAGCAACCCAAGCAACGGCCACGGGAAUGCCUUGUAUGCCAACUGCAACACAAGUAGCAGUGGGCUGAAGUUUGCCUCAGAAAUUUUAGCUGCGGACAUGCUGGAUGGAAGGACAGGGGAGAGGGUGAGGCCCGAGGGGGGAGAGAGGGAGUCAGGGGAGGGGGAUGAGGUGGAUGCAGGGCUGGGGGACGGGUUAGGGGAGGGAAUAAAAGGACUCGAGGACGAGCUUGCCAGCUUUCCCAUGUUUAAAUCACCAGCACCACUGGCUCAGUGCGAAGAAAGUUCAAUAUGACGAGGUGAUAUAAAUAUUCUAUUGAUUGCACCAUUAUGCAUCCUCCAAAUAAACUGAAUACUGCUGGGAGAAAUGCAAAAUGGCUACUGCCAAAUGCCUUUGAGUUGGAGCCGUGGCAUGAAGACUACAGAGAUGUAAGAGAAAAUAUAUAAAUGUCUAAGUCUGUGAGAGAGUCGUGUUACAUACGGAGAGAACUGCAAGACAGGAAACAUAUUACAGUGUUGGGAUAGACAACUUAUUGUGAGUCACUCAGGAUGAGAGCCACAGCUAAAUAAAUGUACCUGAUGUAAAUAAACUGUAAAUAUAAGCAGAAGUUGACUGUAGACAUGAAAGUAAGCAUGAUAAUGCGCAAUUCAAAUGUUACAAAGAAUCAAAGAUGAAAUGUCCACGUGUGUGGACAAAAGCCAUAUUGUCUUUCUCCUUAACUUCUGUCGUUGUUUGCUCUCUCCUUCUCUUCUCAUAACGGCACUGCAAAAGAAGAGUGCACUUUGACUCUUUCAGCACCUUUCUCUGUAUUUCUAUUUCUCUCUCUGACGUACCACCCAAAUCCCAGACCUUCAUAAGGCACCAAAGGACUGCUGAGCCAUAGUCUGCCCAGUCCGCCUGGGCUUCAAACAGACUGAUGUCACUGUCAGAGACUAAAGAAGCACUGCAGAGCCUUCAGACGGCCGUCACAGAGCCUACAGUGACCGUGGCAGGGCUGUUCCUGCCUACACUGCCGCAGAGGUGAAGAGGAUGAUAGGUCCACCUAUCAGAUUAGUGCCAGUGUGGAAAAAGUGACGAUGCACAGCAAGAGACUGACAGCUGCCCAGAUGUGUCACUGUUCACAUUCAUCGUUACUGUGAAAUUCAUCUGCAGAAUGGACCUUACCUGACACAGAACCACCAUCAGCUUGUUUUGUGAGUGUGGAUUUCAACAUAAAAAAUUAUUGUUUUUGUCAUGUCGUUUUGUAAUAAAGCCUUAAAAUGUUGCUGUUAA